GGUUGCACUUCAUCACAAAGUAAAAAAAUCUCUAGCCUUGCUUGUAGUGUGUGAAAUCCUUAGUCUCUUUGUUUGGUUGUUGUAGUGGGUAUUUUUUGUAUGAUGGAGAUGCAGCAGAGGACUUCCAUGCAGAUGAAUGAGUACGAUAAUCCAGGGGAACCACUAAAAACUGAGGACAUAUAUCAGUCUCUGCAGACAUUGCCAACAGUAGCUGCAAGAAAUGUUUCAGGGAAGAAGAUAAUGGUUCUACUUCUCAUCAUAAACAUCCUUUUACUGACCACCAUCCUUUUGGUCACAGGGAUACACUACUACCACUUUAGGCAAAGUGCGGCAGAAGUGUUGAAUGACCAGAAGACCAACCAAGAGAUGUGGUAUCUCCACGCCGAAAUGUUCUAUUUGUUCUGGACUGAUCAGGGCGACUGUCACGUGGCUGAAAGGUUUUGUGCCAAGAGGAAGGCCAAUCUCGUGACUGUAACAAAAUCCAACACGGACUGGCUGAAAUCGCAGACCAACGGAAAACGCAUGCUGGUGAGAAUGAGCCAGUUGCAUAGUUCUGGAGACGGUUUAGAAUCCUUCCUGUCGAUGGGUGAGGAUGCGGAUGAUGAGUCUGACUGUGAGCUCUUCGGUGUGACCUCUGACCUCAGUGAGCAGGUGGAGGGAUGGGUGUGUGAAAAAGCAGCACAGAGGCUUAACUACACAUCAACAAUGUAAUAAAAAAAAAAAUACCAGCUCAAAAUCACCCUGAAAUUUUGAUAAAGUCUUACAAAUGGAAAUAGGACAUUUAUUCUAUUUAGCAGUUCGGGUCCCAUUGCAUCAGAGUUUUCCUGUGUGCACGGAUGAGAAUGUAAACUAGAAAUGGGAGAAAUUUAACUGGAUAAAAUGACUGUUUUUCAUAUUUACAACAUUUUGAUGAUUUUGAAAUGUAUUCAAAUAGUUUAAAUAGGUCACGUUAUAAACUGGGUUAUUGUUACCCAAUCCAGAAGGAGUAACAGUUACACAGGCUACAAUAUCACUACUGCUAUUUAAAUUAUGUUAUUCUACUGCCAUUGUGUUGGUGUUUUUUUUUUUAAUUUUCCAUUAAAACUUGUCAGACUUUUAGUUCACAAAGUGGCAGCAGGAUUUAUAUGCAUAGUUAUAAUUGUAAUGUCAGUGAGAUACAAAUGGCGAUCAUGAUCUCACUGGGAAAAAAUAAAUCCACAAAGAGUGUGGAGAUACGUACAGCUA